AUGAUGCUCAAAUAUAAGAUUAGAAUACUAUUGUUAAUAAUUGUUAGUCUAAUAUCGAUUCACUUUUUCACUUCAAAUAAAUUCAAAACUAAUGAUCUUCAAAAAUUAUUUGAUCAUCCAGUAGUUAAUCAACCACCACCACAACAACAAUCACAAAGAGUGAAAGGGCCUCCUCCUGGAAAUAAAAUAACACCACAGGAAAAACCACAACAACAACAAGAGUCAAAAGAACCAGAAUUUACAAAAAAUCCUAAAAUUGAAGAUUUCACCAUAUUCUUUGACAAUCUACUGAAUUACAAAAUAAAUAAACCAUCAAUUAAAGAUAAAUAUAAAACAGAAAAGGCAAAAGAAUUAUUUUCCAAUAAUGAUGACUUUUUAUUUAAUAAAGAAUAUUUGGAAAAUGUAUUAGAUAUACCGGAUCAAACAUUUAAAGAAUUAAAACAAAAACAUUCAGAAUAUGUUAAUCAUAGAAUCCCAGAACUAAUAGAAGAAGGAAUUGCAACAUUUGGAAACAAGGUACCUCAAAAUAAAAAAGAAUGGGAUUCAUAUCAUGGAUCAUCAGGUUAUGUAUUAGUAGGAGGAGGUAAAUAUAGUUGGCUUUCAUUUUUAGUUAUUAAACAAUUAAGAUCAGUUGGAUCAAAAUUACCAAUUGAAUUAUUUUUAUCUUCAGAAGAUGAAUAUGAAAAAAAAUUUUGUGAACAUUUAAAAAAGAAAUAUGAUGCUCGAUGUAAUGUAUUUGAUAAAAAAUUAGCAAAUGAAUUGAAUGAAAAAUACAAUAUUGGAGGAUAUCAAUAUAAAAUGUUGGCAUUAUUAAGUUCAAAUUUUGAAAAUGUAUUAUAUUUAGAUUCAGAUAAUUUUCCAACUAUAAAUCCUGAUUACAUAUUUGAUUCUGAAUUAUAUAAAAAUACUAAUUUAAUACUUUGGCCAGAUGCUUGGGCAAGAACUACAAAUCCAAAAUUUUAUGAAAUAUCAAAUGUUGAAAUUAAAGAAAAUAAACAAAGAUAUUCUAGCUACGAUAUUAAACAAGCUGGUGGUAAAGAAAAAUUAAGACCUUUAACAAGUUAUAAUUUUGAAAAUUCUUGGUUUCAUGAUUUCGAAGGAACUUUACCUGAUCCAACUUCAGAAACUGGAGUAUUUAUAAUUAAUAAAACUACUCAUUUAAAAACUUUAUUAUUAGCAUUAUAUUAUAAUGUAUUUGGACCUGAUUUUUAUUAUCCAUUACUUACUCAAGGUUCAGCAGGAGAAGGAGAUAAAGAAACUUUUAUUGCUGCUGCUCAUGUAAUGAAAGAACCAUGGCAUCAAACUUUAAAACAAUUUUUAUGGACAGGUUAUGUUUCAAAAACAAAUAAUCAAUUUACAUCUAAAGCCUUGGGACAUUAUGAUCCCAUAAAAUCUAAAGAAAUUCAUGAUAAAAAAGAAAAUGAUCCAAAUUAUAAAAAUGAAGAAGAAGAGAAAAAACAAAAUAAAAUUAUAUUCAUGCAUUUAUCAUAUCCCAAAUUUUAUCCAAAUUGGUUAUAUGAUAAUCAUGAUUUAAUAUAUAAAGAUUCAAAUGAUCAUAUAAGAAUGUAUGAAAUGAUUAAUGAAAAUAUUGGUUAUGAUUUUGAUUUAAAAAUUUUACAAUUUUUUACAGAAGCUUUAUGUUCAAAUUAUUAUGGAAAUGAUGGUUUAGCUAUUGAUAAUGAUGUUAUAUUAGAUAAACAUAAUACUUAUAUGGGUGAAUAUUUAAAAUAUGUUGGUGAAAAUGAAGAAAUUAAUAAUAAACGUUGUGAAGAAGUAUUUAUACCUCAUUUACACUGGUUGAAAAAGACUAAAAAAAAUUAUGGAUCGGAAAAUUCUUGGUAG